AUGAAGCAUCACGACAUUAAUGACGUUUUGAAAAACUUCGAUAAAAAACUAAACAAAAAUUACAAAAUCCUGAAAGAAGAGGAAAUUCAAAAUAUGCAAGAUGAGUAUGAAGAAAAGGUAAAGGAAAAAAACAAAAUUAAAAACAAAUUAAUAAACAAAAAAAAUAAAUCAAAUAAAAAUGAGCCAACAGAUAGUGACUCAAACCAAAGCGAGCAGGAAGACCAAUUUGUAGAAGAUCAACCUAAUGAACAAAAUGACAGCGAAGAAAUAACAUCCUUCAGUCAGCUAAACAUAUGCGAGGAAGUUUUACAAAGUAUCCAGGAACUAGGAUGGGAAAAACCAACUUUAAUUCAACAAAAAGUUUUACCAUUAGUAUUUCAAAAAAGAGAUAUUAUUGGAUUGAGCGAAACCGGUAGUGGUAAAACUGCUUGUUUUAUAAUACCUAUAUUACAAGAAUUAAAAUAUAAAAAGCAAAGUUUUUUUGCUUUAAUUAUAUCACCAACUAGAGAACUAUGUAUACAAAUUGCACAAAAUGCACAAGCCUUAGGUUCAAACCUAUUAAUAAAUAUAUGUACAAUAUUUGGUGGUGUAGAUAUAGUUACACAAUCUUUAAACUUAGCUAAAAAACCGAACAUUAUAAUUAGUACCCCUGGAAGAAUACUUGAUCAUUUAAAUAAUACAAAAGGUUUUAAUUUAAAAAAUUUAAAAUAUCUUGUCUUUGAUGAAGCUGAUAAAUUAUUAUCUCUCGAUUUUGAAUCAUCAAUAAAUAAACUUCUAUUAAUUUUACCUAACAGUCGAAUUACAUUUUUAUUUUCUGCUACUAUGACAAAAAGUGUAGCCAAAUUAAAAAAAGCAUCACUUAAAAAUCCAAUUAAAAUUGAAGUAUCAAAUAAAUAUAGUACCGUUAAAACAUUAAUAGAAACUUAUAUAUUCUUACCCCUAAAAUAUAAAUACACUUAUUUAUGUAGUUUAUGUUUUUAUUUUACAAAUAAAAAUAUUAUUAUCUUUACUAAUACUUGUGCAACUGCUCAGAAAUUAAAUUUUUUUUGUCGCAAUCUAGGAUUAAAAUCAAUUUGCUUACAUGGAAAAUUAACACAAAACCAACGAUUAAGUAGUUUAAAUCUUUUUAAAACAAAUAAAUAUAAUAUUUUAAUUUCAACUCAAGUUGGUGCACGUGGUUUAGAUUUACAAAAUAUUAAAAUUGUUAUUAAUUUUGAUUUAUGUUCAUGUAAAGAAUAUAUACAUAGAGUCGGAAGAACUGCUAGAGCUGGUAAAACUGGAAAAUCAAUCACAUUUGUUACUCAAUAUGAUGUUGAAGCCUUUUUAGUAAUUGAAAAACAAUUAAAUAAAAAAAUUGACAAAUUUACUGAUAUAGAUGAACAUGAUGUUUUAGUUUAUCAUACUCAAGCUCUUGAAGCUUUACGAUUAUCGGAAAUUGAAAUGAAAGAAAAUCAAGAAUUAUACAAAAAAAAUAAAUUUAAAAAAAAAAAAUAA